UUUAUCUUCAUCUUUUGCGGUUACCAUUGUUAGAAAAACCUAAAAGCAAAAAGGAAGCACCUUUGCAAAAAUCUUCUGUAUCGGCCAUUAGCAUUAAAGAAUCAUUUUGUGAUUUUUGGAUUUCCUCUUUGUCUUUCAAUUUUAUAUAAUCUCAUUUUUUUCCAAAAAACCCUUGAUUUUUUUCCCGCACUUUCUCAACGCAACGCAAAGGAAGGAUCUUUCUUGCAAGAAAAUGAGGUGGGAGAGGGUCAGACAAGUGGGUCUUGGUGCCGGGCCCGGGAAGAGAUGGGGGCACACUUGUAACGCCGUUAAAGGAGGUAGAUUUCUCUACGUAUUCGGUGGUUUUGGUCGAGACGGUUGCUUAACCAAUCAAGUUCAUGUCUUCGACGCUGAAACGCAGAUUUGGACUCAGCCUGUAAUCAGUGGCGUACCACCUUGCCCGAGGGACAGUCACAGCUGUACUACAGUCGGGGAUAACCUUUUUGUGUUUGGUGGUACUGAUGGGACCAAGUACCUCAAGGAUCUGCACAUUCUAGAUACUUCUUCACAUACUUGGAUAUGCCCGGAUAUUAGAGGCGAAGAACCUGGAGCAAGAGAGGCUCAUAGUGCGGCGCUAAUGGACAAACGUCUUUUCAUAUUUGGUGGCUGUGGGAAAUUUCCAGAUUCCGAUGAUGAAGUCUUCUAUAAUGACCUUUACAUACUUAACACAGAAACUUUUGUGUGGAAACGUGCUGUAACAAACGGGAAACCCCCCUCUGCACGAGAUAGCCACACUUGCUCAACGUGGAAGAACAAAAUCAUCGUAGUCGGGGGUGAAGAUUUGGAUGACUAUUAUCUCUCCGAUGUUCAUGUCCUUGAUACAGAUAAAUUUGUAUGGAAGGAAUUGAAUACUUCAGGACAGUUGUUAACACCUCGAGCCGGUCAUGUAACUGUUGCACUUGAGAGGAACUUAUUUGUUUUUGGAGGGUUUACGGAUUCACAGAAUCUUUACGAUGAUCUACAUGUCCUUGAUUUGGAAACGGGUGUAUGGUCCAAGGUAGUGGCCAUGGAAGAAGGGCCAUCUGCUAGAUUCUCUUGUGCAGCGGUUUGUUUAGAUCCUUAUAAAGCUGGUUCGAUUUUCUUUCUUGGUGGGUGCAAUAAGAAUCUUGAGGCGUUGGAUGACAUUUACUAUUUACACACAGAAGGUGGAUACGAUGUCCGGUUUGAUCAAAACCUAGGGAGUUUGUCUCUUAGGAAACAAAUGAAGCUAAAAUGCCAAGGGCAGAAAUUAGCUGUGACCAGAGCCAACACUGACCAAGGAAGAGAGAUUGUCCCUUUCAACAUUGGCGCGAUUGGCCAAAGAAAAACGAUGUUUCAAGCAAGGGUUACUGAAAAUAGCCCUUAUGGUUACACUAUAGAAACAAUCAUUGAUGGAAAGGUUCUUCGUGGUGUUUUGGUUUCAAACAAACAUAGCUCUGUUCAAAUGGCAGAUCCUAGCUUUAGUAACAGUAAAAGGCCUGCGACAUCUUAUGGAGAUUGUGAUCAUAGAGCAAAGAUGUUAAGAACUUUGGGCAAGGAUUCAGCUGGUAGUAGCCAACAAGCUGAUCCUUCUGAUGAUGCUAACAAGAAGGUUGCAGAUUCAAAUGAUACGGACACACCGAUGAUUGAUACUAUCCAUGCUAAUGUAAACAUGGCGGGACCACAGGAGGCAGAAACCGCUGCUGUUAACUCUGAUGUCAAAGAUCAAGAUGCUUCUCAACUCGAUACGGGGAUUGUGAACACGGAACCAUUGCCAGAUACUCAUGAUCAGGCGAAUGUAGAGCCACUGAGAAAUGAGAUUUCAACUGAUGCUGCUAAAGCUGAUCUUGGAGGAGCUUCAUCGCCACAAAAGCAAGAUGAGGGAGCAGCUGCUGCAGAAGAUGCAAACGCAGAGCAACAACCGCAAUCGUGAAAAUAUAAACAACUGGAAGGAUCUUUUUUUGGGAGGUUGUACAGUAGUAAGUAGUAGCUGAAGAUAGAAUUUGGUUUAGAAGCAAAGUAGAAGAAAAUGAAUGAUGAGUAGAAGAAGCUAACAUUUGAACUGAAGUCUUUUGCUUCUUGUUUUGUAUUUGGAAGCUCUGCAAUAUGAACAGCUUUUCCUCUGGUGAUAUUUCCUUUUAGUUGGUUUGAAUUUGCAGGCAAGAGAGAUGCCUUGUUUACUUUUUCCUGUUUCCAAAAACAUUUCACACAUCACCAGAUUAUAAAUCUGAUUUGGA